GACUGAACACGCAUGGUGUUUGUACAGUGAGCUCAAAUGACAAACAUGCAGCCUGCCCUGUGCGCGUGCUUUUACCCGAGUCUUCAUCUUCUUCUCCACGCAGAGGAUUUUAAGAUAAAAAUACCAGAGGCUAUACUUUUCUGAGGGACAGACAUGCGGAGGAGUUGUGCGUUAUCGCUGAUAUACCUUACUGUAGGUUUCUCGACAGCAGGGGCGCGAGGGUACAAUAUCUCACUGCUAGAAGAGAUACUCGAGGCAGUGGGAAACAGCUCGAGCCUCUACACGUUGGAUGAGAGUACACUCGCGGACUGGCGCUCGCUGGUCGGCAAGAAGCGAGGUGGUGUGGAUUCUCAGCAUGCAACGGUCAAGGCGCUUUUGAUCUUCGCCUACUCGGUCAUCAUCAUUAUUUCUCUCUUUGGAAACAUUCUUGUGUGCCAUGUAGUUAUUAAAAACAAACGCAUGCACUCUGCCACAAGUCUGUUCAUUGUAAAUCUUGCUAUUGCGGACAUCUUAAUCACACUCCUGAAUACGCCGUUUACCCUGGUCCGCUUUGUUAACAGUACGUGGGUUUUUGGCAGAGGCAUGUGCCACAUAAGCCGGUUUGUACAGUAUUGCUCUCUUCACGUGUCUACGCUCACCCUUACCGCCAUCGCCCUGGACAGGCGACAGGUCAUUUUGUAUCCUCUGAAGCCAAGGAUGUGUACUGGCCAGGGCGCUGUGUGUAUUGUCUUUAUUUGGCUCAUGGCCACCUGUUUCUCCCUGCCUCAUGCAAUCUUCCAAAAGCUGUUCACCUUUGACUACAGUAAGGACGUAGUCCGCUCUCUCUGUGUGCCAGAUUUUCCUGAUCCAUCGGAGCGGUACCGGCAGUAUCUGGACUUAGUGACCUUCAUCCUUCUUUAUGUCCUUCCCCUCCUCAUCAUCACAGCAGCAUACUCCGCGGUGGCAUGCCGACUUUGGCGCCGGAAUGCCAUCGGGGACGUAACCAGUGAGCAGUACUUCCUGCAGCGCAGGAAGCGGAAGAGGACCAUUAAGAUGUUGGUGCUGGUCGUGGCAGUGUUUGCUGUGUGUUGGUUCCCACUGAACUGCUACGUGGUGUUGUUGUCCAAUCAGGCCAUUCACUCAAACAAUGCCAUUUACUUCAGCUUCCACUGGCUGGCCAUGAGUUCCACCUGCUACAAUCCUUUCAUCUACUGUUGGCUCAACCAGGGCUUCAGAGCAGAGCUUACGUACCUACUGAGCAUGUGCAGACAUGGUCGGGCAAGGGGGAGGAGCAGUGGUGGGCGACGAGAGGAUCCUGACCCGGUAGCUCCUCCCCAUGAUAUAUGCCACAGAGUAGCCUGGCCUGAGAGCCAAGCCUCUUCACAGCAGUCCAAUCCCAAAGAGAGCCACGCUCUUAGAUCCACCUCUCUUGGCCAGUCAGGCAAAACUGAUAUUCUGUCAGUCGAGCCGAUAGUAACUGUUGGCUAACUAGACUGAUAUUACCUGAGUAAGCAAGCAAGGUUUUCAGCAAGUUUUUAGAGAGGCAUUAAAUUAGGCUUGAAAACACUAAGUUCAAGACAUGCUUUGUCUGUUUGGUUAAAAAAAGAGAAUAUUGCUUUUCCCUUUCAUCAUCUCAUUUGACCAGACAUGAGAGCCAUCUGUAAAAGCCGUAGCUGCUGCAGACAAGAUGACCAUGAAUACCAAGAAAGGGCCUCUUCAGAUGUAUAGUAAUUACAGUAAUUAUAGUAAUUAUUAUAGCAGUAAUUAUACAUAUGAUUUGGUAAUAUUUAUGCUUUCUCUAUAAUGAGGAACAUUUAUACAAGAGGAAGAACAGUUUAAUUCCCAUUCACUGUUUGCUCUGAUCCACUUCCCUGAGUUAAGAAAAGACGAAAGAUUUUACUAAUUUCCACCUCUUUGAAAAAAAAUGCUUUCUUUAAAAAGUUUGGGAAAAUCAUCGUGUUGGGAAAAGAAUAUAAACGUAAGCCAUAGAUGUCAGUUUAUAAAACUGUACAAUAAUCAUUCUAUGAACAUUCUUGAAAUAAUUCUUUUGUUCUUUUUCAACCUCCCGCUCUAUUGUUUGGUCUUUAAAGACGCACGUUAGUUUCCCUUUUUUUCUUCAAGCCUGCCUGCCCCAGCACAUGUCUUGUCUGAACAUUUCUUCUGCUCUAAUGGAACUGUCUCAUGCCCUAUCUUGAGUUCUACCGAGACUGGAAUUUUCCUUUCGCACACUGUGCAGGAGGAGCAGCUCCUCUCCCUUUCAUCAGGCAUGGAGCUUUCAUCAGCUCCCACAUGCCCCUGCCAAGGGCUAGAGACUGACUACUAGUGUGUUUCCUAUCCAAACCUAUUCACACAACCAGUAGUCUGGCUAGUGAACAGCAGGUGUUCCAACCAAAUUAGCUGAAGGGUCCGAGUUCAGUAAGAAAGGUGGCACUACCCUCUCCAGUUACUUGUACUGCAGCAUUCAAGUAAAACUUGGGCUCUGGGUGAGGGCUCCCAAGUCCAGUGCACUUAAUAAAUGAGCACCUUUCAUAUAUUAGUUAGAUCUAUGUCCAGAUUAAGUGAGAUUCGACUGUCUAGAAAAAAAAUACAUUUACUGUGUUUACAGUUUAUUGCUGAUGACUUAUGUGACUUAAAUAAGACUGAUUAUUUGAAAUACCCAGGACUGUCGCAGUACAUGGGAUGGCUAGCGUGCAUUUUUAUUAAGGUCUGUAGUAUUAGUGAAUGGUAUAUGCCAGAGUCUGGUGGGCUUGGUGUGGCAAGCAUGGUAUACACACUAAUAGUGUCAAGCUACCUUGCAGUCUUGUCUUCAGCUGUGGUGAUCUAAAGUCUCAUCAUAGUCUGUGUGGACUGUUUAAAACAGGGUUUGAUUUUGCCUGACAUGAAAGACAGAAGUGUGCAGAAUGUUCUUGCCAUUUUACUGCCUGACGGUUCUUUGGAGACCCUUCUAAUGGGGUAACCCCACUACCCCAUUCUGUGUCAUCAUUCACAACGAUGCCUUUACCGCUUGCUCUUAUGGUGGCAGCAGAUCUCUUGUGAACUACAUAUUAGCAGAAGACCAUUGUCAAUAAGAGGAAAUGUCCCCAAAGGUGCUGGUACACUAAAAAUCCCAGCUUUCCAGCCGACAUUUAAAAAUUCAUUCUUUAGCUCUGUUCAACAGAACUGAUCAUGAUAGUUCUCACCACACGAAGCCUUGUUUUCUAAAUUAGAAAUUCACUUCAUUUUUGUUAUGAAUCAUGUAUUGUACAGUAUUGUACUAGUUUUUCUUACUUAGUUUAAUAUGUAAUUUUGUAUUAUUUGAUAGUCUUCAUGCAUGUUCCAAUUAAUAUACAAAGAGAUCUGUGUUUAAACAUUUUCUUUGUAUAAUUAAUGUAUUAAUGUAAUUGAUGUAUUAAUGUAAUUAAUUGUUUUCACUGCUUUGCACUGUGCUGUUCUAUGUUACGUGUAAAUUAUAGUUCAAAUGUAAAUUUCAGGGUCAGAGAUCAUGGUCUUGGAAUAAGAUGUGUUGAUAUCAAAGUGCUGAUUUGUGAUUUUUUUUGCUUUUCAAUCUUACAAGAUUCUAGGUUGCAUUGCCAAUGCCCCACUUUCAUUAAUAUUCCUUAUAAAUACCCACCAUUUGCUGUUCAUCAGUGUAUUUCGGUCUUAGUAUUUACAGUAUUCCAGGAAUGCAUUGCACUAAAACCUCUUUGAUUUCCCAGUGGUUAUAUCACAUGCAAGCACCAUAACGCUAGCAUAAGUCUGUUGCUUUAUGUCAAGUGAAAAGGUCUUUCCAACAGAAGCAAGUAAUUGUAAUCUAGAGGAUAAGGGCCCAAGCCAGUAAUUACCGUCAGUUCAUAAGUAAGGCAACAAUCACCAGCCAGUAGCUCAUCUUAAGAUUUCCCGAACCUCCACUGUCCAUUCAGAUAACAUGUACUUGACUCUAAAUAAUUUUUCAAAUGCUGUACUUGUGCAUGGUGAGUAUGCACUGGCCAAUCAUGUGCUUAGCAUGGAGGUAGCGACUAACUGACUGCACUGAAGAAAAUGGAUCCUACUGUGGAACUUGCUGAAAAUGAGGGGGUGGUUUUGACUACACUGAUAUUAUGGCAUUGUGAUUGAGACGAAGCUAAAAGGCUGGACAAACUCUCCACGCAAAAGUGCAAACCCUGAGCUCCAAGCUCCUGGAUGAUGUAUUCAGGGUACAGUUUCAAACCACUAACACUGUGUAUAUAUAUGUACUUUUUUUUUUUAAAUCACUGGAAGGGUGAGACAGUUAAUAAGGCCCACAGUAGAUUAAGGAUUACACUGUAAUUUUUAAAAGCUGAACAGUAAAGGCAAUUUAUAUAUGCUGCUUUCUUAUUUGUAGUUAAUCAACAUUGAUCUUGUGAUAAUCAAAUCCAAGUUUCUUUGCACUAAUUUCCAAAUUUCCAAAUAUACCCAAUGUUUGUUAAUAUGUUUAUUAAGUUUGUAAUAACUGAAGUUGUAUGUAUAUGUUCCAAU